CGGUAUUUGUCUUUCUUCUUUACCACUUUUUUCUAUUCUUAUUUUGAAGUUGGUACAGCUCGAGAAAGCUGCAUUACAGCUUGUUGAAGAUGCAGGUCAAGAAACGAUUAUCCUGUGCAGUUGGAAAUGUUUUCAACGACCUCUACCGACAGCUCGGACAGUCGUUUGAACUCGUGUUCUUCAUGAACGUCGUCGAACUUUCAGCCUCAGAGGCAGGACUGAUGUUACUCAUCGGACAAAUUGCGGACGCACUUUUUUCUCCAAUCUCAGGGUACCUUGGCGAUCAUGUUAAUAUACCUUUCUUUUCAAAGAGAAUUGGGAGGCGAAAGUCCUGGCAUUUUUUGGCAACAGUUCUCAUGGCCGUCGCACUCCCUCUUAUGUAAAAUGGGUGUUUUUUGUGUUCUGGCAAUUAUCAAAGCUGGCUUCCACUCGUUUACUUCAGCUUUUUCAUGGCGCUUGUAAAUAUAUGUUUCAACGUGGUGGAGAUAAAUCACAUGGCUGUCAUCACAACUGUUGCCGAGUCUGUGGAGGAAUGCGCAGUUCUGAGCUCGAUGAGAACUGUGUUCAGCUUCCUAAGUGGUGUUUACAUUUAUUCCGUCGCCUGGGGUCUUCUAGGACAAGACAGUGAAGUUACUCUUGGACCCAACAACCUGUCAGAUUUUGCGUACCUCUCAUGGAUUGCUGCUGGAACAGGAGUUUUUUUUGCAACCCUGUUUCUAAUUGGCACAAAGGAGCCUCAGAGACGGGUUAGAAGAAGGAGCACAUUCUCGGGUAUUAUGAGGGCUCCAGAAAUUAUUGUAAUGCCACAGUUUGGAAGAGAAAGUGCGGGUAAAGGUUCUUCACAAGUCAACCUCGCUCAUAGAUUUGUGGACAUGAUUAUGGCUUCGUCUCAAGUUGAAACUUAUCAGCAUGAGCACAACGGACAUGAAGAAAACCAAAGCCAUGAACAGCGAGAUCGAAGAAAAAGUCUACUGCAGAAGUUUGCUGCUGCAAUAUUUUCUGAUGGAGAAAACGAAACUGGCCUUACUCUAUCAGUUCCUGAUCCAGAAGAGGGAACUAAGAACCCAGAUAGUGAGGAUGCAAAAUCUCAAAUGUGUUUAGAAGUACAGCAAUUAGAUCGUGAACGUAAGAAGAGUCUGCUGGUGCGUCUUUUGGACGGACUCCUCUUAAGACCAGAUCAAGAAGAGCAAGAGCAAGCUAAAUUCACUGUCGCCAUUGAAGACGAAGUUACAUUGGACAGUAAAUGUGAAAGGUGUGUAACCGAUGAAGAUUACUAUAGAAAGGAAGAGAUCGAGACCUUUCCCAACGAAAAAACACGGAAUAUGUACAACAAUAAAAACGAAUCUGGUAAAGCUCAAACCGAAGAGGAGGAGAAAGAAGAUGAUAAAGAAAAAAGAAUCCGGGCCAUCCCAGAAACAUCAAUGGAGUCCAGACGUCGGCAAAGAAAGCAUGCCAUCGUGAAUGCUUCGCUCAAUUUUGAUAAUGGCCUCUCUAACUUUGGAUUUGAAUAUGACAAAGGUGACGAUGCGCCGAAAGGAAAACUUGUCAGAAUUUCCGUUAGGAAGCCAAAGAAGUCUGUGACUUUCCGUGCACCUGAAAUUUACGAUAUGCCGUCAGUGGAUGAGGGAACGCGGAAAAACUCAAGCCUUGUUGAACUGACUGAAGAGGAAACCAUCCGGAAAGAAAGUGCUCAGAAGUAUGUGGAAAAAGAAUUUUCCAAAGAUGAAUGUGUAGCAUCAUGCGAGGGCAACAAUAAUUCAUCAGCUUUAGAUGAUAAUCUUGAUUUGGAAAGUCAUCCUGUUCCAUCGGACAAACUUCCAUCAAUGAGAAAACCUCCAAAAGGAGUUAAAGACUGGCUGAGAGAUCCAAACUUGUAUAAGGUAGCCAUCAUAUUUACAUGUUCAUACCUUGCGCAGGACUCUGUAUAUGGAUAUUUACCUCUUUACCUUACAGAAAGGCUACUAUUUGCAAAGGAAGCCAUCGCUUAUUUCCCAAUUAUUCUUCUGGUCAGUGCCUCUUUUUCAAGUUCAAUCUGCAAUGGCCUCAACAAGAGGAUUGGAAGCAAGUGGAGUUACCUUUUGGCGGGUUCUAUAGUGAUAGGCUGUGCUGUUUGGAGCUAUUUUCAAACCAUUUCCACCAGGCAGUCAACCUAUGCACAAGUGAUAAUUAUGGGAAGUGGUCUGUCCAUCAUUCAUGUCAUGGCACUUGUUUUUAUCACCGAGCUGAUUGGAGAAAAUAAGGAGACCAGUGGAUCAGUGUUUGCCAUUAUCACUGUGAUUUCUAGACUCUCAAGUGGUGGACUCGUCAUUGGUAUACAGAAAUUUUAUCCCGAAGAAAGGACCAGCUCAAAUGGCGAGGUUAGCAACUACGUGCGACACGUGUUUGCAAUGGCGCCCGGGAUACUAACUCUGGUAGGAUCCCUGUUGGUUUUGCUUUAUCAACCGUCAAACGUUUCUUGCAGAAGGAAAGGCUCACAGGAUGUUGAGGCUCAAGCUGUCCAAUCGUCGUCUAAUGUCCAAGUUUCUGGGUGUCCAUCUGAAAAUGAAGCAACGUCAAACGUCAGCUUGGAAGCAAAUCAAAGUUCUUCUCUCGCGACGGUGUAUUCGUCUUCUGAAGACACAAAACUGUAAUUUGUUCGGAAAUAUUUUAUGCGUAGGUGUUGUUUUAUCGAUCUGUAUGUUUAUCAGCCUUUGAAAAGGUUAAUUCCGGCCGUGAAUUUGGGAUUUUCUUAUUCUUACAGUAAGAGACAGAUCCUUUACAAGGAAAGGAUUAUGUGAGCACCAAAGCGGUUACCAGACGCUUGACACAGUUUGCAUGCCUCUAACAUCUCUCUUCCAAAGCAGAUGCAGUAGUCCGCUUUACUUAAAAUUGAAUUAUUUACAAAUAAUACUUUUUUUUAAAGAAACGGCUUAACUACCGUCCUGAGGCUAAUUAAUGGGAUGUGGACGACGAACAUGAGCAUUUCCCAACAAGUUUCACUUGACUUGCUCUUUCAAUCCACUUCCUUAUGGUGAUGCAAGGUUGACAGUCGUUUUCACAUAUAGUGACCACCAUUUUUAACUAUUGAUAUCCUCUUCAGUAAAUCUUAUUUACUACUGUCAGCUGGUUUUGGUUUCUAUUUAAGGUAGACGUGUGAAUUUCUUCAUCCGUAGGGAAGUGCCAGUCUACUGGCUCUGUAAGCAAAACUUUAGACAUGAAAGUCACACAUGUACAGAGCUGGAUUUGUCAACUCUAGCUAAGCUAAAGUAUCUUACCCUAGAGAUGUAUGCUGUCAAGCUUUGCAAAGUUUAAUGUUUAUUUGGUCUGAUCUGUUUUCUGAGGGAGAUGUGGUGAGGCAAUUCGCUAGCAAUGCAAUAACUGUCAGUAUUCUACGAUAAAAUAACUAAUCUGUCAGGCAAUCAUGAACGUGAGUAUCCCAAACGGAUUUCAUACGACAUAAGUCUAUUGUUACUUGAUCAACUUCCGAUCCCCUGGCCUCGCUCCCCAAAUUUUCUCAGUAGAAGUGCCCACAACUUAAAUUUUCAAUUUUAAAUUUUAUGGGAGGUAUGGGUUCGAAUCCCUUGGAAGCCAUAAUCUUUAAGGCUUCGAACGAGUUGCCAGUAAUCAGAUCCUUGCCGGUUUCACAAGAUCUCUGGGAUCACCACGGGGCAAACAUCGCUAAUUGCCAGAAAGAGAGAUAUGGCGAGAGGUUGUUUGAUCAACGCUUUUUACCGCAGUUUUAUAAUAAUUGGACUACGGUAAUGUUGAUAUGAGGGUGUCUAGAUAACCACGAAAUAUGCUAUAAAUAUAUGUUAUAACACUGAUAAACUUCUUUCCUUUAUUGUGAAAUCGUCCUUGUAUAAUAAUCUCGACUUAUUAUCCAAUUGUGCUUCGUAGAGUACAAAUAACGCGCGAGACGAGUACGAAUAUCACAUGAUAUUUAUAUUCCAGAAAUUUCCACGAUUCGCCCGCACUGAGAUAACAUUUUGGCGUUUUGGAUAA